UUGCCCAUAGUGGCUUCCUCCAUCGUAUCCCUGUACUUCUUGGAGCUGACCGACCUCUUCAAGCCGGCCAACGUGGGCUUCCAGUGCUAUGACCGCACUCUCUCCAUGCCCUACGUGGAGACCAACGAGGAACUCAUCCCGCUGCUGAUGCUGCUCAGCUUGGCCUUCGCGGCCCCUGCUGCCUCGAUCAUGGUGGCCGAGGGCAUGUUGUACUGUCUGCAGUCCCGGCUGUGGGGCCGCGCUGGGGGGCCCGCUGGGGCCGAGGGGAGCAUCAACGCCGGUGGCUGCAACUUCAAUUCCUUCCUGCGGCGAACCGUGCGGUUUGUGGGUGUCCACGUGUUUGGCCUGUGCGCCACAGCCCUGGUGACGGACGUGAUCCAGCUGGCCACGGGUUACCACACUCCCUUCUUCCUCACCGUCUGUAAGCCCAACUACACGCUCCUGGGCACGUCCUGCGAGGUCAACCCCUACAUCACGCAGGACAUCUGCUCCGGCCACGACACCCACGCCAUCCUGUCUGCACGGAAGACCUUCCCGUCGCAGCACGCCACACUGUCGGCCUUCGCCGCGGUCUACGUGUCGAUGUACUUCAACUCCGUCAUCUCGGACACCACCAAGCUGCUGAAACCCAUCCUGGUCUUCGCCUUUGCCAUCGCCGCGGGCGUGUGCGGGCUUACGCAGAUCACGCAGUACCGCAGCCACCCGGUGGACGUGUAUGCCGGCUUCCUCAUCGGGGCAGGCAUCGCUGCCUACUUGGCCUGUCACGCGGUGGGCAACUUCCAGGCCCCACCUACAGAG